AUGGCCGCUCUUAAUGGAAAUUCACACGACGGUCCUGCUCUGGACAUGAAUCAAAUCACAGCACAGCUACAACAUCUCGGACUAUCGCAGCCACCAUCAUUUCCGGGAGUCCUGCUCCACCCCGAAUACAAUCCAGUCGAUAUCUUCCGGGCGUACAUCAUCGAGCAGCUGCACAGGAUCACUGAAGCGGACCCGGCCAUCAUCAACAAUGCUCUGGCAUGGACAGCAGAUCAGAAACACGGAGAUCUUGUGCUACCAGUCCCGGCAUUGCGAUUGAAAGGCAAGAAGCCAGACGGACUAGCUUCAGAGAUCGCUGAGAAGUUCGAAAGCCCACUUGUUCAGAAGCCAACCGCUGACAAGACGUUCGUGCGCUUCUUCUUCGAGCCCGAACCUCUCGCCUCACUAACCCUGAAGUACAUCCCCAAGCACAAGACGCAAUAUGGUUUCAAUCCUCGACUUGGCCUGGAGGAUCCAUCGAAACCGGGCAGCAAGCGGAAGAGGCUAAUCGUCGAGUAUUCUUCACCAAACAUUGCCAAGGAGUUUCAUACUGGCCAUUUGCGAAGUACGAUCAUUGGCGGAUUUCUGAGCAAGCUGUAUUCUGCCGCAGGAUGGGAGACCAUCAGCAUGAAUUAUCUUGGCGACUGGGGCAAGCAAUAUGGUAUCCUUAGUCAGGGCUUCGAGAAGUAUGGCAGUGAAGCAGAGCUCGAACGAGAUCCUAUCAAGCAUCUGAACGAAGUCUACGUCAAGAUCAACCAGGAUAACAGUGCGGAGCAGAAGGAAGCGAAGACGUUGACCGAGAAGAAAGACGAACUCGAAAAGGUCAAGAAUCCUCCCAAGCCGAAGAAGCCUGCCAAAGGCAAGGAAGCAGAGGCGCCACCGCCACCUCAAUGGACCGACGAGCAGGAGAAGGAGUUGCAAAAUGCCAUUGCAGAGCUCGAGAAGGUGCAGGAAGAGCUUGUCGCUAAGCCUAGCAUUGACGAGAAAGCUAGGCAGUUCUUCAAGCGCAUGGUCGAUGGUGAUCAGGAGGCACUGAAGUACUGGCAAAAGUUCCGGGAUCUUUCUAUCGAAGCGUACAAGCACAUGUACGCUCGACUCAGUAUCGCUUUUGACGACUACAGUGGAGAGUCUACUGUCAAGGUAGAAGACAUGGAUAAGGCUGCCAACGUGCUCCAGGAGCGAGGGGUGUCAGAACCAAGCAAAGGUGCUGUAAUCGUCGACCUAGCAAAACAUGGCGCACCAAAGCUGGGCAAGACUCUCGUGAAAAAGAAGGACGGCACAUCUCUCUACCUCACCCGUGAUAUCGCCGCCAAUUACGAACGCUACGAGCAGUACAACUUCGACAAAAUGAUCUACGUUAUCGCCUCUCAGCAAGACGUCCACGUUGCACAAUUCUUCAAGAUCCUUGAUCUCAUGGGCUCACCGUACAGCGACACAGUCAAGAAAUGCGAACACAUCACCUUCGGCAUGGUCAAAGACCCUAAGGGUCAAACAAUGAGUACCCGCAAAGGCACCGUGGUCUCCCUAGCCGACAGUCUUGACUCAGCCAAGGACUUCAUGCACGACGUCAUGCGCAAGAACGAGGAGAAGUACGAGCAAGUCGUGAACCCAGAGGAGACGGCCGACACUCUCGCCAUCAGCGCCAUCAUGGUGCAAGACUACAGCGGCAAGAUGAUCAACGGCUACAACUUCGACAUGGAACGCAUGACGAGCUUCGAAGGCGACACAGGACCGUACCUCCAAUACAGCCACGCCCGUGUCUGCAGCAUGGAGCGCAAAGCCAACGUCUCCCGCGCCGAUCUCGAACGCGCCGACUUCAGCCUCGUGAUCCAAGCAAAGGAAGGUGUAGAGCUUGUCCGUUGCCUGGCACAGUGGCCCGAUGUCUUCCUCAACGCUUACAAGACUCGUGAGCCCAUCACAGUCUUGACGUAUCUGUUCAAGAUGACGCAUCUGCUCAGUUCGUGUUAUGAUGCAAAGGAUGCGGAAAAUAGGAAUGCGAAGACGAUGAGUGUGAUGUAUGCUGAGAGUCCGGAGAAGAAAGCUGCGCUGAUGGGGUUGUAUGAUUCGAGUAGGCAGGUUCUGGCUAAUGGGAUGAGGUUGCUCGGAUUGAAGCCUGUAGAGAGAAUGUGA